GUGCCGAGCGUCGCCGAGUCACAGCCGAGUGGCCAACCGUAGUUGCGGCAAGUAGAGAGAUGGAAAACUGAGGGGACACACGUAAAACAUGGCGGAGGCCGUUGUGGACGGGAGUCCGAUGUCUCGGUUUUUUUGCCACAAAUGCAGCGUCGAGAUCGAGCGUCUGCUGCCGAAUUACACAUGUCCACAAUGCGCGAGCGGUUUCAUCGAGGAGCUGGAGAGCAGCAGCAACGAGGGCAGCUCGGGUAUGGACGUGAACAGCGAGGAUCUGAGCGAUGGGGAUAUCGACAUCUUGACCCUAAACCCUUCGCAACGCUCCGACCGUGACCGUGACAUCAUAGAGAUGAUAAUGGGUCUCUCGAACACAUAUACCAAUCAACAGUUGAACACCAGUCAGCAACCGGGUGGAGGCAAUAGGAACUACGUGCUCGGCAGCAGAAGAAGGUCUAAUUGGUCUCGCAAUCCUCAAGAUGGACGUCGCACCAGCAGCAAUCGUAGAAGACAAGAGAGUCUACAGGUGCCUAUAGAGAAUUUCAUACAAGAUUUUCUCCUCAAUCUCUCCGGAGCAGCGAGUCUAAGCAACUCUGUGGGACAAGACGCACAGCCGUCUGUAUUCAAUAUUAGACUGUUCUUGGGAAAUCCUGGAGAUUAUGUUUGGGGUCGCGAUGGAUUAGACGCCAUUGUCACCCAAUUAUUGAAUCAAAUGGAUGGCACUGGACCACCACCUCUAUCACGCAACCAGAUCGAUGAGAUACCUACUACUACCAUAACGCAAAGUCAAGUUGACUGCAAGCUACAAUGUUCAGUUUGCUGGGAAGACUUCAAGCUGUCGGAACCUGUUAGACAAUUGCCGUGCCAGCACGUUUAUCACGCACCAUGCAUUGUACCCUGGCUGGAACUGCACGGAACCUGUCCCAUUUGCAGACAGAACUUGGGAGAUCAAAAUCAGGCUGAAGCGAAUCAAGAUACUGGAGGCAACAUAGCCGGGUCCACUUUGUCCGGAUCCAGUUUUGCCGCUUUAUUCAGGGCGGCAAAUGAAGCGAACCGAACAGGACAGCCAAUUAGCCGGACAUCGUCCACUUCGUCAUCUACUUCAUCCGAGUAGCUGCAGUACUUGUUCAAAUGAGAUUUGAGGGUGAUAUUUUUCUUUCAAAUAUCCAAUUUCGUCAAAUUAUCGUAAUUUAGUCGAAUAUAUAUCUAUUUUUAACACAUUGAUUCUGGCACUCUCUUUGCCCUUAGUAAGGCAACAAUAUCUCUUUACAGAUAAAACGUGUCAACUACAAAAUACGCAAAACCGCUAAUCGUUUUAUCAACAUCUCGUAUAUUGUCUCAUUGUAAAGUGCCGAGUUCAAUGAACUUAUUUCGUUUUGCAAAUUGUACUAAAUUGAUUAAAUUGUUACAUUUGUCUGCCUGCUGCGCUAUUUCAACAUUCAACAUUAGGAUAUUUACAUGCGUUAAAUUAUAACUUCUUACGGUUCUUACUAAUGUCCAAUUUAAUUUGAUAUUUAUAAAUGCUUGAUUGAAUGAAUUAUUGAAACGUGCCAGGCAUUGACUUGAAUUGUUAUUUCGAUGCACAGAGGUUUUUAUUUUAUGAUUUAAUUCUAAUAAAUAUAAAAUUAAAAAAAAAGAAAGAUACUCGCGAAGAAGCAAUCUACAUAAUCUUUAUAGACGUUUAUGCGUGUACAAUUUUAUUUUGAAUUACGUUAAUUUCAAGCAAACUCGGAAUCAGAUCGACAAAUUUUCUGCUAUUUAUACAUGUAAAAGCUAUGUAAUUACUCGUCGCCGAGGCUCAGUAAAAUCGGUACGCGUGAGCUUACAAGAAAACAUAAUUCGUGAUUUGAAAGUAAACUAAAAGAAUCAAAUUACAAAUAUGAUAGAUAUAUAGGUUGCGAAAUUGUUCAAAAUAAAAAUAUUUCUGUUUCCUGCAAAAAUAUAUGUUAUACAUAUAUAUUGGAAUUAGAACAUAUCACGUGAGUCAAGAAAUUUAGAAGUUAAAAGGCUAAUAGAGAAUUAAUAUAUCUGCAUAUCGAAAUUCCGUUCUCUUUUUUUCGUCUCCCCCUUCUUCUUGCAAGUGCUCUAUAAAAUUGUAAGAAAAAAGGAAUAUUGACGUACACGUGAUGAUUACUUGUUUCAUUUUUGAAGUGUUUGAUUGUCUGACUGUUGUAAUAUGUAUCUAUAUUCAGGUAUUCUAAUACCUUGAUAAAGACUAUCUGAGUCUCGACGAAAUAAAGAUGCGCGUGAGCGUACGAUAAAGUCACGUUUUGUUCAGUUCUCUUAGUGCGUAAAAAAAAACCUGUUCGACACGUGUGUUAAAUCUCGUAAAGCUGUUUUUACAAACGCAAAUGCAUAUGAAUGAAACGCAUUUGCGACAAAAUUACAUAUGCAGAAUAUAUAAAUAUAAAUAUAUAUAUAUAUAAAUAAAUAUACACUCUUCUAUAGUAUAAAGAUACUAAGAUCAGAGAAUAUGCGCACUCGUGGAAGAUUAAAUCCUUGCAUUCGCAAUUGUGUAGUUUGCAGCAAUCGACGAAGUUACAUACGUUGUAUAAACAUAAAGAUAGGAUUAUUAGCGUAAAGAAAUAUGAUUAGAAAUUGUAUCUAAAUUUACGUCCGGCCCGACGUUGUUGCGUGUGCAGUCGAAAUGAAAUUACUUUCGCGCUACCUGUGUAUAUAUGCGAUGAGCAAGAGCAUUUGGCUAGUACGCAUUAACAAACAAACAAAAAAGAAAACAAUGUCGCGUACUAGAAGUCUCUAUUUAAAUUUUAUAUGCUUUACACAUAAUUCUGUUGCCCGUUUUCCUGUUCACCCCGGUAAUCCCGGUGACAAAAAAAAAGUUGUUUGUUUUAAGAAAGUUAAAUAUUACAAUAAAAACCAAGAGAUCUGAGUUUUGCAUAAUGCAGAACUAUGUUAUUGAACUUCUUUUUUAAUGAGCACGAAUGUCAAUAUGUAUUUAGAAAGUGCUUUAUCUACAAUAGGAUCGUAGCUUGAAUUCGUAUUUUAUUUUGAAGAAGAUGGAUCCCUCGCACUUUCUUGCAAAUUCUUAUUAAGUGAGACUUGUGAAUCUUGCAAUAUUUGUAAUCAAAUCGAGUUCAGGAUCGAUGGU